AUGUCUCACAAAUUGUUCCGUAGAUCGUUACUAGGGAAGGCAGUCCCUCAGCCACUUGCUGCUUUCACCCCAUCUCUCUCUCCGAGGAGCAGUUCCCUUCCUCUAGUUUUGAGACGUAGAUUAAUAUGGAGAUUUAUUCCGGCGCUCCCUCCGCCUCUUUUCGUCCUCCUCACGCUCUCCCUCGCCGUUUUUGCACAGCAGCCGUCCACAGACAUCUCAGCUCCGCCAUCCGAUCCGUCCCUCGUUCAACUCGACUUAGAACUCCCGGGUGUGACUAUAGGGAGAGUGAUUCAACUGGAACGAGAGCUCGCUGCAGCAUCUGCUGCUUCUCCUGCCCUGCCUCCUCCCCCCUUAGCCUCGUCAGCAUCAUCCAAACCUCCUUCCCAACCAUCAUCAGCCUUGACAGUCUCAUCCGAACCAGCUGCCGAACCAAGUUUGUCAAGCCCAGGAACGGCUGAGGAUGGGACUCUACAGCAACAUGAUGGUAGCAAUACGAGCAGCAGCAGCAGAAGCCAAUCACCAGGCUCCAGCUCGGAUCUUAGCAUACGAGUUGAUUGGGGUCGCCAGGUAUCAAAGGAGCAGCGAUGGUCGGAGAUUCAGAGAGCGAGGCAGCAGGGGCGGUGCUCGAACAAGGGCGGUCUGUUCAACGCGUGGCCGUGGGAGGGGGGCUUCUCUGAAGGCUUUCUAGCGUGGGAGCCGCAGCCUGACAAAUACAUUCUCAUGGACUGCCAACGGAACCAGGUGUCCAACCGCAUUCGCUGCAUCCGCAACUACCUCGUGUCCAACCGCAUUCGCUGCAUCCGCAACUAUCUAAUCGUGGCGGGCGUUCUCAACCGCACGCUGGUCGCACCGUUCCGGCCGGCGGAGGUGAACGGCAGCUACGACCGGCGCGUGCAGAUUGACGUGCCGUUUUUUCGGCGCCCGGGCUGCCCGAAUAAACUGGCGAUUCAGCCCCAUCCGGCGAUCUUCGAAGCUGCCAGCCGGUUUGUAUCGGAUGUGCUUCUAAAGGGGAUGAAUAACAGUGCAGGGAGUAGCAGGGAAGGAGAGGAGCAGGGCAACAACACAGCGGCUGAGGACACGCUACCAUCAGCCAUUGCUGCUGCCAGUGGGGGUACCACCACUACUAGUGCCAGCGGUAGCAGUGGUAAGAAUGCCGGUCAGCUUCGCUACAUGGCGAUUCACUGGCGGCGAAAAGACCUGGUUACCAGCUUUCAGGACUCAGGCUCUCAUCUCACAAUCAACCGCACCGCGAGAUGCAUCGCCGAUCGCAUGGCAAAAUCCAGCAAUCUCAGCACCAUUUUCCUAGCCACUGACGCCGAACCUACUGAGGUGGCGGAAUUGACCGGAGCGGUUUUGUCCCACCGCCCGGACCUGCGGCUGAUGCAGCUUCCGCUGAACCUGGACGCGCAGGCUUGGGCGCAGGUGCUGCUGCCGCACCGGUUUGAGCAUCCGGGGGUGGUGCGGGUGACGUUAGACAAGGCGGUGUGUGCUCUAGCAGACGUGUUUCUUGGGACGGCAGCUUCGUCGUUCACGGAGGACAUUCAGCGAAUCCGGACGGGGUUGAGAGUGGCGCAUUGUGAAGACCAGAUUUUGUGCGAAGACGAGCUAUAG